AUGACCGACACACUAAUUGACGAUGAAACUGUCGAUGUUCGAACGUCUUCACAAAGACCAGGAACAACGACGACUAGUUCUCAAAUAACAACGACUACACGUCGACCAAUGUAUAUCGAAACUGAAGUACGUACUGAUACGGUAACAACACGCCGAAUGGCAUCGGCUGCUGCUAAUCGAAGUUCUCAAGAUGUGCUUGAGAGUACCAAAUCCCCUAUUCCUGAUCGACAAUCGACAAACUAUUCUUACGCUCAGAGCAAUUCAUAUGCACCUGGGUCACGGUCUACUGCAUAUGACAAUACUGUGACAGCUCGACGAAGUGUACAUGGUGGCUAUCAAAAUGGUACGGAAUCGAAUGUUGCAUCAGCGUUCUCGUCACCAUCGCAAUUCCUGUCAACGGUUCGAACGCAAUUGGCGAACGGCUAUGACGCUCUCCGUGAUCGUAUAACACAAUUUACUGGUAAUCACGGUUUAGGACCCAAUUCACUGUCACGUUCGGGUGGUGGUUCACGAAGCACGCGUACGUCAUCUCAAUCAUCGGCAACAGGUGGUCGAUCGAAAGGUUACAAUUUGCGUUCAAGACCGGUUCAUUCAACUCCACGCGACAAUGAUAGCGAUCAAGGAAGUCAACGUAAAACAACGAUUAAGCAUCGUAAAGAUCAGCAAGGCGAAAUUGACGAAGAAGAAGAUGAUGAUGGUGAUGAAGAACACAAAGAGCCCCAAGAUUUUGUACGUAAAGUCAUUCAUUAUGUGAAACGAGCUGUUCGUUCACCCCUUGACGUUUUCGAUGCUGUUUGGAAUAAGCUCAAAGCUUUACCAUGGUGGGUGCUUAUUCCAAUUUUACUUCUUCUUGGUCUUUGGGCUCUACCUCCUUUCGUUUGUAAACCGUUCCAACAUCUUCUCCAUCCAAAAGUCAAUGAAAUAUGUCGAGAUACCCACCGAUAUACUAAGGAUAUAAGUGGUAAUGCUUAUGAUUUCACUCGCCGUCAUACUUAUGAACGUGGUGUUCGUAAUCUGAAACAAGUUUACAACUCAGCUCAAGAUGUUAAAAAUUCAGUAUUGAAUUCGUUGAAUGACGUUUAUUAUUCAUUGAAACGGUCCUUACGUGGUUCAGUCGGUGGUGUCAAGAGUCGUGUUGCUGAUGUAGUUGAAACCACUGCAGAGAAUGCGAAAGAAUAUUAUGACGCUGGUAUUCAAAAAGUAAAUAAUCUUAUCGAAGAACUCAAACAAGAACGAGAAAAAAUUCUUGGAGCUCGACAUACGUUGAAACCUGAUGAAGAAAAGGAAUUAUCAGCGAUGAUUCGUAAAUUGAUCGAUGAAUAUGCAGCAGAUGAAACAGGUCAAGCUGAUUUUGCACUUGAAGCUAAUGGUGGCAAAGUUGUUGAUACACGUUGCCAAGAAUAUACAGAUGAACCGCGACAAAACGUUGUUAAAUUUCUUGGUAUUCCCAUUGUUCACAUGUCAAAACAACCUGAUAUUCUAAUCAAACAUGGACGUAUGCCGGGUCAAUGUUUUCCAUUCAAAGGUGAUCACGGAAGCGUAGUCAUUCGAUUAGCUGUGCCCGUUGUACCAACUGAAUUCGUACUUGAACAUUUAUCGAAAAGUAUUUCCAUUGUUGGACACAUCAAUAGUGCGCCGAAUAAUUUUACUGUUUAUGCUUUAAAAGACAAACAUGAUAAAGAAGGUAUUGUUCUUGGUCGAUAUUAUUACGAUGCUGAAAAUGGUCCAGCUCUUCAAAGAUUCAAACCUCAAAUUGCGAAUGUGCCUCUUGUCGAAUAUAUUGAAGUUCAAGUGACAUCGAAUUGGGGCAACCCGAAUUACACUUGUUUAUACCGAUUUCGUGUACAUGGCGACAUGCAAACCGUCGCUCCAACAGCUGCGUAA